CCCAUCUCCUAGCAUCCUCACCGAUUUAUCAUACACAUUCUCUUCUGUCUAAUAUUAGCUUAAGAAAUGGCUGUUCAUAAGAGAGUAAGGAGCGUUGUUUUCAUUCUGUUAGUAGGGUUGAGCAUCUGUUCUGCUGCUAGAAAUCUCCUUACUGUUCCUCCGGAGGAAGAAGCUGGCUUAGCUUUUCAUUCUCGUCCAGCUGGAGUUGGAUUAGUAGGAGAACAUGGAGCAGGAUAUGGUGCUGGUGGUGGACAAGGUGGAGGUGCAGGUUAUGGAGCUGCUGCUGGAGCACAUGGUGGUGGAGGAGGUAGUGGUGGAGGCGGCGGUGCAGGAUAUGGUGCCGGUGGAGAACAUGGUGCAGGGUAUGGUGCUGGAAGUGGUAGUGGUGGGGAUGCUGGAUAUGGUGCUGGAGGUGAAAAUGGCGGUGGUGCGGGUGGCGGCGGUGGUAGUGGAGGUGGUGGUGGUUAUGGAAGUGGAGGAGGGGCCGGUGGUGGUUCCGGUUAUGGUGCUGGAGGUGAGCAUGGUGCCGGUGAUGGUGGCGGUGGCGGUAGCGGAGGUGGUGGUGGAUAUGGUGCUGGAGGAGAUCACGGUGCAGGAUACGGUAGUGGAGGUGGAGUCGGUGGAGGUGAAGGCGGUGGUAGCUCUGGAGGAGGGCAUGGUGGUGGAUACGGAAGAGGUGGUGGUAGUGGUUCAGGGUAUGCCGCAGGAGGUGAACAUGGAGCUGCCUAUGGCAGUGGUGGUGGAAGUGGUGAAGGGGGUGGUCAUGGUGGUGGUGGCUACUAAAUUAUACUACUAUACAAAAAUAUCAUCCCGGUUAUUAAAUUAAUAGGCGAAACAAAGAAAGGACUGUUAAUCAUAUUACCAGUUAAUUAAUUAUGAAUGGUUUGUAAUAUUAUCAAUUUAUAUCAUAAAUAAAUAAAAUGAACUUGAGCUAAAAGAUCACAUUAAAGU